UCCAUUCUAUUUGGGGCCGAGAAACGUGCCCAAAGCUCCCUCCUUCUUUCGAAAUGGAAUCCACUCCUCUCACCACCUCCGUCCCUCCCACCGCCCUUCCUGACGACCUCUACUUCAACUUCCCGGCCACCGUCACCUCUGACGACUCCGCCGCCCACACCAUUACUCCCUCUAUAUUCAGGGAGCUUCCAGAACCCGAUGUUCAUAUCCUCGCCUCUGGCGGACUUCGAAUCCCGGCGCAUUCCGGCAUCCUGGCUUCGAUUUCGCCGGUUCUUGAGCAUGUAAUUGAUCGGCCGAGGAAGAAGCGAACCGCGGAGAAAGUGAUUUCGAUCCUUGGAGUUCCUUCAGAUGCCGUCGUUUCAUUCGUUCGAUUCCUCUACAGUUCUAGGUGUUCGGCGGAGCAUCUCGAGAAGCACGGAAUUCAUCUACUGGCUCUCUCGCAUGUUUACAUGGUGCCGCAAUUGAAGGCGAUGUGUACGAAAGAUUUGGCUCAACGGCUAACGAUCGAAAGCGUUGUGGAUGUUCUGCAACUCGCGAGGCUCUGUAACGCGCCGGAUCUUUAUCUCAAGUGUAUGAAAUUCGUCGCCGAUCAUUUUAAAUUCGUCGAGAAAACUGAAGGAUGGAAGUUUAUUCAAGAUCAUGAUCCUUGGCUUGAACUCGAUAUUCUUCAGUUCAUCGAUGAAACCGAAUCGAGGAAACAGAGGAACCGGAGGAUAAGAAAAGAGAGGAAGUUAUAUCUAGAGCUACACGAAGCAAUGGAGUGUUUAGAACACAUAUGUUCGGAAGGUUGCACCAUUGUUGGACCUUCCAACGUGGAUCCAAAGAAGGAGAGAGAACCCUGUAGUCACUACUCAACGUGUCAUGGUCUCCAGCUUCUGAUCAAACACUUCGCCACGUGUAAGAAACGAACCAACAGCGUAGGAUGUGGGCGGUGUAAGCGCAUGUGGCAGCUCCUAAAGCUCCACUCCUCCAUAUGCGACCACUCCGAGUGCUGCAAAGUCCCUCUUUGCCGGAAGUUCAAACAGAGGUCGUCGACGUCGCCGGACGAAAACAACAAGCGGAAGGACGACGCACAGUGGAAAAUGCUUGUUCGAAAAGUGGUUUCCGCAAAAGCAAUUUCUUCUUUGUCUUUGACUAAUAAGAAGCUGUCGGAUUUGGAGGAGGAUAGGAUGAUUGGACACCGUGGGAUUGGGAGCUUUAGGUUACAAUCGGUUCGACGGUACAGGUCAUGAGUAUCAUGAUUCAAAGGUAUAUUCAUGGCGUUGUGCAAAAAUGUGUGUUUUUGGGAAUGGGGUGGUGAAAAACUGGAAACAGGGGAAUGUUUGAUUUGUAAAUUGUUGUUUUUUUUUUCUUUCUAUUUUUUUUGUUGGUUUGGAGCAGUUUUCUUUCUUUUUUUUUUCUUUUUUUUUUUUUUUGGGAGUAGAUGAAGGUUUAUUAUAAUGCAUGAAUGAAUGAAUGCAUUGUAAAAAAGAAAAGGAAAAAAAAAAAAAGGUAAUUACUCUUAGAAAGAAAGGAUGUAAAAAUCUUAAAUCUGUGUACCUCCUCCAUCCAUAUAUGCUAAAAAUCAUUGUUUCUA